AUGCCUGCAAAGUCGCGAUUCACGAGGCUAGACGCCUUCGCCAAGACAGUCGAGGAUGCGCGCAUUCGCACCAAUUCCGGCGGUAUUAUCACAAUCGCUUCGUUGCUCGUGGUUCUCUGGCUGGUUUGGGGAGAAUGGGCAGAUUACCGUCGAGUUGUCGUUCACCCUGAGCUGAUUGUUGACAAAUCGAGAGGUGAAAGAAUGGAAAUUCAUUUGAAUAUGACAUUUCCCCGACUGCCUUGCCAACUUUUGACACUGGAUGUCAUGGAUGUAUCAGGCGAACAGCAAACCGGUGUUGCGCAUGGUGUGAACAAGGUUCGCCUGAGCCCGCCCUCCGAGGGAGGCAAGGACAUUGAUGUCCAGGCAUUGGAUCUCCACUCCCCCGCCGAUGCGGCCGCCCACUUGGCUCCGGACUACUGUGGUGAGUGUUAUGGAGCCGUCGCCCCCGCCAAUGCGAUCAAGGCAGGCUGCUGUAGCACUUGUGACGAGGUGCGCGAGGCAUACGCAGGAAAAUCAUGGGCCUUCGGUAUUGGCGACAAUGUAGAGCAAUGUACACGGGAGGGCUAUGGCGAGAAAUUGACUGCUCAGCGUCGCGAAGGUUGUCGCAUUGAAGGUGUUCUGCGCGUUAACAAGGUGGUUGGUAACUUCCACAUUGCACCUGGUCGCAGUUUCACAAAUAUGAACAUGCACGCCCAUGACCUGGAAAACUAUUACUUGGACAGUGUGUCGUCCCCCGAGAACAUGCACACCAUGACACAUCAGAUCCAUGAGCUCCGAUUCGGUCCCCAGCUCCCUGCUGAGCUCUCCGAGCGCUGGCAGUGGACCGAUGAUCACUAUAUGAACCCGCUUGAUGGUACUUCCCAAGCUACUGAGGUGCCAGACUACAACUUCAUGUACUUCCUGAAAAUCGUCUCGACAUCUUUCCUUCCUCUUGGAUGGGAUCCGACAUUCUCCUCCGCUAUCCACAGUGCCUACGACAAGGCCCCUCUUGGCUCCCACGGCCUUGCUUAUGGUUCCCAGGGCAGCAUCGAGGCUCACCAGUACUCCGUUACUUCUCACAAGCGUUCCCUCAAGGGUGGCAAUGAUGCUGCAGAGGGUCACGAGGAGCGUAUGCAUGCGGCCGGUGGUAUUCCUGGAGUUUUCUUCAACUACGAUAUCUCUCCCAUGAAGGUUAUCAACCGCGAAACUCGUCCUAAGACAUUCACUAGCUUCUUGACUGGUGUUUGUGCCAUUAUCGGUGGUACACUGACUGUCGCUGCGGCUUUGGAUCGUGGUUUCUAUGAGGGUGGUAUGCGCAUUAAGAAGAUUCACUCGAACUAG